CAGUAAAGAAACGACAGCAGUUACCGUUACUCUAUACCUUGUCAUUUAUAUGCCUCUAUUUUUAUAGUGGUUGCCUCGUGCUUUCUGAUAUAAAGAAUUGUUAAUUGUAGGUUAGAGCGUACGUUUGAAGUUUUAUUAAAAGUAAACGUAAAAUUUCGAGAAAGUUUUCCCUUGUUAAUGCCGAUGUAAAUAUAUCUUUUAUUAAUUAUGGCAGUUCGUGUGCAAUUCGAAAACAACAAUGAAAUUGGAGUAUUUUCAAAGUUGACGAAUUCGUAUUGUUUGGUGGCAAUUGGUGGUUCCGAAAACUUUUAUAGUGUAUUCGAAGCGGAACUGGCUGAAACAAUUCCUGUGGUACACGCGUCGGUAGCAGGAUGUCGUAUUAUUGGACGAUUAUGCGUUGGAAACAAAAGUGGAUUAUUAGUUCCAAAUACGACUACGGAUACAGAAUUACAACAUAUACGAAAUUCGUUACCAGAUAGCGUAAAAGUACAAAGAGUUGAAGAAAGACUCUCUGCUUUGGGAAACGUUAUUGCUUGCAACGAUUACGUAGCUUUGGUCCAUCCUGAUCUUGAUAGGGAGACUGAAGAAAUUUUAGCAGAUACUUUGAACGUUGAAGUAUUCAGGCAAACAGUAGCAAGUAAUGUACUUGUUGGAUCAUACUCUGUUUUAUCUAAUCAAGGUGGUUUAGUACAUCCAAAAACUUCUAUUCAGGAUCAAGAUGAGCUGUCUUCACUUUUACAAGUACCACUUGUUGCAGGUACGGUCAAUAGAGGUAGCGAUGUUAUAGCCGCAGGCAUGGUAGUAAACGACUGGGUUUCUUUUUGCGGUAUGGAUACAACUUCAACGGAACUUUCUGUUAUCGAAAGUGUUUUUAAGCUUUCCGAAUGUGUACCAACUGCUAUAACAUCCACUAUGCGUGCAUCUCUUAUAGAAAGUAUGUCUUAAAAAAUGUAACACCCUCGAUCCAGGAGGCAAAUUAAACAAAUUAUUUCAUGAUAUAAUAUACUAUACAGUGUACAUAUUCAUAGAUUCUAAUGUUAUGUGA